CCUAAUUCAUCUUCCCCUUCCGCCUUAACCUUUCGUCGCUCACUCCCUUUCCCCGCCUCCUCUCUCCACCCUCCGGCUCGUGCCCGGCCAUCUCCGAUCGACGCUCGCCCUUAUCCUCUCAGUCACUUCGUUUUUCUUUUUCGAUUCGAGUAUCGUCCCCGCUGAUCCGGUUUUCGGUUUCAGAGUCACCAAUCCAGGCGAGAGAUCUCGGGGAGUGAAAGAUGCCGCUUUAUGACUGUGUGCUUUUGUUCAAGCCUCAUGUAAAGAAAGAACCGAUCAUGGACUUGGUGGCUCGAAUAGGAAAACACAUUUGCAGUAGGAAUGGUGUAAUCACGGAGAUGAAAUCAUUUGGGACCAUCCACCUUGGUUAUGGCAUCAAGAAGCUUGAUGGAAGAUUUUAUCAGGGCCAGCUGAUGCAGAUGACGAUGAUGGCGACGCCAAACAUGAACAAGGAGCUGCAUUACCUGAACAAGGAAGAUCGCUUGUUGAGGUGGCUUCUCACCAAACACCGAGAUACAGGUUGUCUACAGGACGCCUAUUUUUCCUUUGAGGAUAGUAGAACUGUACCAAAGGCGGAGAGAAACUCUCGCCGUGGCCUGUUUCAUUACAUUCACCAGAAUGAUGCAGAUAAAGAUGAUUAUGACACUGAAGACGAUACUGACCAAGUCGAGAGUAGACCACUACGAUGAGCAGAAUAAGGGGAUUGUGUGCAUAUCUCGGUCUCCUUCUCGCAUUAGGAUUGCCAAUGGCUGUGUUUCUCUUUCGAUGUUAUUGUUUGUGAUCUGCCCUCUCAAAAACUCAUCGGAGAGCAUAUGGCUUUGUCGAACUACUAGAUUCGAGUAUACCAAUGUUUGGACGAUGGUAGUGAUGGCUACAUCAAUAAGGCAUCCUUGAUA